AUGCUUUGGACCACGACAUGGCUGAGAAUUCGAAUUCUCACUGGCCCUUCGAAACUUCGUGAGAACGCGAAGCGUGAAAUUAUACUGCUGCUACGGAUACACAGGAAGGCCCGCAAGUUCGAGGUUCGUAAAGGGGAGAACAGAUACGGUUGUUGUCGUGCUCGUUGGAAGCCUUCAUGGCCCCCUCUGUUGAGAAUGGAAAUUAGCACUCCUAGUCGAACGGUCACAAAGUGGCGAAGAAGUGACACUUCAGCCGCUGUUACGCUGAUAUCGGCCACGGCAGGGCAACAUGUAUUACAGUCAAUCAACAGCUCAUUCAGUUCACCCGCCUGCAAAUUUGGUGCCCUUCUGCCACGGAAUUCUAGAGCACUGUGCCAGAUCUAUGAACCGAGAUGA